ACGUUGUGUCGGUAUAUUCGGCAUUGUCACAAACAUAUUUUUUUUCUGCAAAAUUUUUUUUCGGUUUCAAAUUAAAUUUGUUUUCCAUAUUUUAUUUUAAAUCAUGCCACUUUCUUGUCGUUUUUAUCGGCAAAAAUAUCCCGAAGUUGAAGAUGUAGUUAUGGUCAAAGUUCUUUCGAUCGGUGAAAUGGGAGCCUAUGUUCAUUUGUUAGAAUAUAACAACAUCGAAGGUAUGAUUCUAUUAUCUGAACUUUCAAGGAGACGAAUACGUUCCAUAAACAAAUUGAUUCGAGUUGGACGUAAUGAAUGUGUUGUUGUUAUUCGUGUUGAUCGUGAUAAAGGUUAUAUUGAUCUUUCUAAACGUCGUGUAUCACCUGAAGAUAUAAUAAGAUGUGAAGAAAAAUUUGCUAAUGCCAAAGCUGUUCAUAGUAUAUUACGACAUGUAGCAGAAAUAUUGCAUUAUAAUGAACAACAAUUGGAAGAAUUGUAUGAUAAAACUGCUUGGCAUUUUGAUGAUAAAAAACCUGGAUCAUCAUUCGAAGUUUUUAAAAUGGCCGUCAAUCAACCAUCACUUUUGGAUGAAUGUGGUUUAGAUGAAAAAGUUAAAGAUCUAUUGCUCACUCAUAUUAAACGUCGUUUAAUGCCACAAGCGGUUAAAGUUCGUUCCGAAAUUGAAGUUGGUUGUUAUGCAUAUGAAGGUGUUGAUGCUGUUAAAAAUGCACUUCGUGCUGGUAUUGCUUGCGGUAUUGAAGAAAUGCCAAUCAAAAUUAAUUUGAUAGCACCACCACGUUAUGUAGUCACUACAACUACAUUGGAUAAAGCAAAAGGUGUUGAACUAUUAGAUUCGGCAUUGAAAAAAAUUGAAGAAUCUAUAAAAAAUUCGGGUGGAAUAUUUACAAUAACAAUUGCGCCUAAAGUUGUUACUGAUUUGGAUGAAGCACAAUUAACAAAAAUGUUGGAACAAGCUGAAAAAGAAAAUGAAGAACGUUCCGGUGAUGAUGAUGAUGAAGAUGAAGAUGAUGAUGAAGAUGGUGGUGGUAGUGGACAGCCUGGAAUUUAAAAAAAAGCAGCAACA